GAAAACGUCACGGAGGCGGAGCAUAGCAGGGUUAGCAAAAUGGCGGCGGCUGGAGCGCGAAAGGUAGCUGCUGCCGCCGGGGCAGUUGUGAAGCCGAUUUUCAGCCGGGAUUUGGCUGAGGCCAAACGGCGUGUGCGAGAAUUAUAUAGGGCUUGGUACCGGGAAAUCCCAAACACCGUGCACAUUUACCAGCUGGAUAUCUCAGUAAAACAGGGGCGUGAUAAGGUGCGAGAGAUGUUCAUGAAGAAUGCCCAUGUCACAGACCCUAGAGUUAUUGAUAUGCUUGUUAUUAAGGGAAAAAUGGAACUCCAAGAGACUAUUAACGUGUGGAAGCAACGGACUCAUAUAAUGAGAUAUUUUCAUGAGACAGAAUCGGCACAACCCAAGGACUUCCUGUCCAAGUUUUAUGCAGGCCAUGACCCAUGAACUAAAUGAACUUUAUGGAUCUGUAAUUCUGUAUUUUCCCUUGUUCUAUUUCAAAUAAAGCCCUGUAUAUUGAAGAA